CAACAUCACUAAUUUGAACUUACAGUGCCUGAGUCCUGGCAAAUCAGAGGUGGGGGAAAUGUCUGUACCACGAUUCCAAAAAAUAAACUUCGGAACAUAUGAUAAUUACAUUCCAGUCAGUGAAUUAAGCAAAAAAUCAUGGAAUCAGCAACACUUUGCCCUGAGAUUUCCCAAACCACCACGGCCAGGAAAAAAAAGGAGAUCAAAACCAUCCCAACUACAAGACAAUACAGUUUUCGUAUAUGAUGCAGAUAAAUUAAAAGAAGCUUCUAAACGACCAUUAUGGAUGCAUAGUUCUUUAAUGAGAAUUUCUGAGAGGCCAUCUGAUUAUUUAGCUGCCAGGAGUCAGCCUCCAUAUAAAUCAUAUAAAUGGAAGAAAGAUGCUAAAGUAGCAGAAGUAGAAAAACCUACAUCUCCAAUAGCAGGUAAGAAAGAUAAAGAAGACAAGCAAGCACACAAGGACAAAUUAGAAUCAGAAACAGAAUCCACAGUUUUAAAGGAGCCAAAAAUUACUAAGACAAAGCCAAUGAAAGAUAGGGAUAUAGAAAGAGGAACUAAAGGUGAAAAGGAUGUUGCAAAAACAGAUGCCAAAAAAGAAAAAAAAGAUUUAAAAAAGGGCAAGGAGUCAGCUACAGAAUCUGAAGAUGAAAAGAAAGGUCCCAAGAAAGAGAGGAAAGCUUCAAAGAAGGGCAAAGAGUCUGCUACAGAAUCUGAAGAUGAAAAUAAAGGUCCCAAGAAAGAGAAGAAAGCUCCAAAGAAGGGCAAGGAGUCUGCUACAGAAUCUGAAGAUGAAAAGAAAGGUCCCAAGAAAGAGAGGAAAGCUUCAAAGAAGGGCAAGGAGUCUGCUACAGAAUCUGAAGAUGAAAAGAAAGGUCCCAAGAAAGAGAAGAAAGCUUCAAAGAAGGGCAAGGAGUCUGCUACAGAAUCUGAAGAUGAAAAGAAAGGUCCCAAGAAAGAGAAGAAAGCUUCAAAGAAGGGCAAGGAGUCUGCUACAGAAUCUGAAGAUGAAAAGAAAGGUACGAAGAAAGAUGCCAAGAAAGAGAAGAAAGGUUCAAAGAAGAGCAAGGAGUCCGCUACAGAAUCUGAGGAUGAAAAGAAAGAUGCCAAGAAAGAGAAGAAAGGUUCAAAGAAGAGCAAAGGGUCAACUAUAGAAUCUGAAGAUGAAAAGAAAGAUGCAAAGAUGGAUAAGGAUGGGAAAAAAGAUUCAAAGAAACUAGGAGAGAAAGAUGAUCAGUCAAAAGACAAGAAGGGUCCCAAGAAAGAUACAAAGAAAAAGGGGAGUAAAAAAGAUAAGAAAGAUGAAAAGAAGGCCAGUGGGACAGAUAUUGAAACAAAGGAUGAUGCCAAGAAGGGGGCCAAGAAGGGCUCUAAGAAGGAUGGCAAGAAGGAUGGCAAGAAAGAUACUGACACAGAAUCUGCUGAUGCAAAGAAAGAUGCAAAGAAGAAGAUGCAAAGAAGAAGUAAGCCCUGGAUAAUAAUUCGAAAGCAUUUGAUAAACAAUUUUAGUAGUCUGAAACUGAAUAUGAGUGACAGGGGGAUUCAAAGAAUUAAUCAAAUAAUUUUUAAAACGAAGCAAAGAAGAAUACAAAGAAAGACUCAGACAAGUAUAAAAAUGUAAGAAAUACGAAAAAUUAAGCAAUGGUUCAUUUAAGGACUUGGAGGAUACUUAUGCUAAGUUUGGAGAUAUGAAAGAUUCGAUGAAAGGUCCCUAGAAAGGUUCAAAGAAUAAUAUUUAAUCAGGAUGCAGGAGUUAAUGACACAAUCUGUGGAUACCAAAAAAAAAAAAAAAUCAAUCAAGACUUCAAAAAAAUUCAAGGAGGCAGAUAUUCAAUCUAUGGACUCAAACAGUCUCAAGCU